AUGUCAAUCCCUCCAAAUUCGCCGUGCAGAGGGUGUUCAUCAAGUUUUGCACAGCCUGUGAGUCAAGAAGAUUUACGAGCAGCUCAAAAUAUGGUGAACACUGUUCACCGCGUUAAUUGUAUUGUACGAAAUCCACCUUUGGCUAAUAUCGUAUACAGAAUAGGCGACCAUAACUCUGAUGUCACGCGCCGCUUGUUCCGUUGGGACAUAAGGCCUUAUCAGGAGAUCUUUCAAAAUGGAUUCAGAGCAAGCACUCAAGAAGGCACUCCCACCAACACUUACUACGAUUUGUAUGACUAUGUCAACAAUGCUGGUGCGCCUCUUGAUCCUGAUAGGCCUACAAGGCAUGCCUUCGUUAGCACCACUAUUAAUGUUGCCUGGCAUCCAGAUCCUAACCAGGAUACCCUUCCAUCUGGGGGGCAGAUUCGAAUCUAUCGUUACGAGGUCUAUGCUCCCGGUGGUAUUUGGGUUCCUGGGACACUUGGCAAUCUAUGCCAGUACCCUAAUCAACAAGAAGUUUGCUUUGUUGGCGGCGUUGCACCUCAAUACAUUCGCUCUGCCCAAGUAUUCACGGCCGCACGGUCAGCUGGAGCAAGGCAUUGGACACUAACCUAUCAAACUUAUACACCUCCUGCGAAUAUGAGACGGAAAAGACAAGUCUCGAAUCCCAACUGGGAUGCCUUGCAAAAGUGGUAUGGUCAUGAUGUUGCAGAUGUUCCUAGUUAUAUAAAUGCUGCGUUCCGUUCAUCUAAGACAAAUGAAGCCUAUAUAUUCAUGAAAAAUGAAUACGCUCUGUUGAAUUAUGCUCCGGGAACAACGGGUGACAAGAUUGUGAAUGGGCCGCUUCUUAUUUGCGAUGGGUUUCCAUCGCUUAUUGCUACUUCAUUCGGAGAAUAUGGAAUAGACUGUGCAUUUGACACUGACUACAAUGAAGCAUUCAUCUUCUCGGCGAAUCUCUGUGCCUAUAUAGACUAUGCUCCAGGAACCAAAGAUGACAAAAUACUCAGAGGUCCUACGACAAUCACUGCCAUGUUUCCCUCCUUCACAAAUACGGGGUUUGAAAAUGGCAUAGACGCUGCAUUUAGGUCAUCUCGCAAAAAUGAAGCUUACUUGUUCAGAGACGACCAGUACGCUCUAAUAAACUAUAAUUCCAAGCAUGUCAUUGCCAUUCGUAAUAUCUCCGAUGGGUUUUCUGGUUUGGUGGGCACCAUCUUUGCAAGUGGAUUUGAUGCUGCUUUCGCCUCCCACAGGAAGGAUGAAGCUUACAUUUUCAAAGGAGAGAAGUAUGCACUUAUCAAUUUUGCACCAGGGACAACUGCUGACUACAUUGUCGGCGGAAAAGUGAAGCCAAUCCUUCCCAAUUGGCCAUCUCUUUCUAAGAUAUUGCCUCGCAAGAAUGGUGGGCUUGAUGAUCGUAACCAUCAUGAACAAGGUCCCUGGAAUUCAGGACAUAAUGAACUUUAA